AGAAACUGUUUACCACGCCAUAUUAAAAACUGAAAGUCGACAUCAAUACAUAAACCGUUGCUGAAACCAGCGUAAAUCUAGUGCUAAUUGGCCAAAUUUUACGGACACUAAGUUUCGUGUGACACUUAUAGAGACCGAGGGAAGUAUAUAUCUUUUAUCUGGCUUGUUUCGUCGUCACUUUUUGUUAGUAUUUGUGUACGUGACCGCUGUUGAUGAUGGACUGCUUGUUGGAAGACUUUCGGCGGCAUGCUCAGUUGUUGUUCUGAUAUCCAAACGGUAGUGUCCACAGCAAGAUAGUAUCCGAUCUGAGAAAGAUCAUGGUAUUCCAUCACGCGGGAAAUGUGAAAUUCAUGGGUUUAGUGAUAAAAUGCAAAUGAAUCGUAAAACCGAGGAAAGUAAAACAAACAAAAAAAUGGUUUUGUUGUUAGAUUGUGUUCUUGGGCAAUUUUAAACAAAUGUACAAAGUGACGAUGCAAAAACAAAUUUCAUCAACAAAAAAAAAUAUAAACAAUGUGAACUAGUUCUGCUGCUGGUAGUGACGAAAAAAUAAACACAGUUUAUUCUUUACACAGCAGUUGAUCGAAAUAGCCAACAAAAGGAAAGACGAAUUAAUAAGAAAAGAAGACUCGAAGAACGACUGUACACAAAACUAUUGUAAAGUGAAAUUGCUACAAUUAACCUCAUUUUAUAUUUCGUCUUGUUGUUCAUGGUGUUUCGUGGUUCGCGUAUUUUAUUCGUUUCACGAAACUAAUCGUCAACUGUUGAGGCAAGGUCAUCAUUGAUUCACAAAUCCAAUGCAACAGUAUUUGAUUAACAGUAGCAGUUACUACCAGACAACAUCACAAUAAUAAAAUAACUGCUACUACAAAUGUGACGAACGUGAGUGAAUGUGGGUAAUUUCACAAGUGAAUGUGGUUAUUUGGACAAACAUGAGCUAACAAUGGAAUGUUAAAUAAGUCAGCUAAACAACGGAGCACUGAAAACAGCCGUGAUUUUUUUUUGUUUCAUUUAAAACAUUUUAUUAACAACAAAAUGAAAAUGUCUUGAUAAUUUGUAAAAAUUGCAGCAACUUAUCCAUUACCUUUUCCAACCACAGCUGAUCGAGCAGUCACUCUUUUUGUUGAUAUAGUGCAACAGAAUGUUGAUUAAUUUGGCUGAGCUCAAUGAAAAGUUGAGGGAGUAUCGCACGAUUUUGACACGGCUUAAAAAUGAACAGGAACAAUAUAGAAGCAAACGGGAAAGAUUGAGUAAACUUAGUCAACGCAGACGACCGGAUGUUAAAAAGUCAGAUGCUGAAUGCCACAUUUGUAAUGGCAACAUAGACGAAGGGAACAACUCAAGUUUUGCAACUUGUCGAGGUUGUGAACGUCUUGUUUGCAGAAAUGAUGACAACAAAUGCUGCGAAUGGAUAUCAGCGAUCGGUAUCUGGGAGUGUCGAAAUUGUCAUUCUAAUCGAGCAAUCCAGCAGAAAGCAGGAGAAUGGUUGUUAAAUCAACUUACAAUCCGUCUGCAAAACCCAGGACCGGUAGAUUUGAAAAAUGAUACAUUGUUUGGAUUGGAUGCAACUGAUCAUGAAGAUGGUCGAAGUUCAAGCUGCUCAAUUUCAUCUAAUCAGAAAGUUAAAGUGCGUGAAUUCAUAGAAGAGCUACUAUCAUCGAUGUUAAACGGUCCCCUAGAUGAUGUCUCGGUAGGCCAGCUGAUGAAAAACGAAAACUAUAUAAAAGUGUUCCACAGGUUUCACUCACGUUUAAGCAGGUGUCUGUACAAUUUAGAGCUCUCAAUUCAUCAGUCGUUGUCCGAUCUUCCAUUGUGCGAAGGACAGAAGGUGCCGGACAGCCCAAGCGAUAAACAUUUCGAACUUCGUAAGCUGGUGCAGCGUGUUAUAGAUGAAGUCACCAAGUUACCGGAAAUGCUCAACCAGAGUGGGUUGCCAUUGCGACCGGAAGAGCAUCUGCCAUAUUUUAGUCCUAAAAAAUAUGAGCAACUUUUGGCAACUGCCGUACUCAAUAAGGUGGUUGAAGAUUAUCGCAAUCCGAAAAAUUUUGAAGACGUCGGAAGAAAAUCCGAACAACCCUGUCUGGAUGCUGUCCCUCCUACGACCGCUGCGGUGACGACGGGAUCAGCACUGGCUAAAGAUUCAUCAUUGGAUAUUAAUCAUAACAAUGUUUCUGGUAUCGGCUCGUUGAAUGAAGUUAACAUCAGGCAAAUGUCACUGAAUACAAAUGAGAUACAUUCACAAGAUGAUCUGCUUCAAAGAUCAUUGUCAGAGUCGGACGAAUCCUAUUUGAGUGAUUAUAUCCAAAGACACACUGUACCAUUGCCAGAUCUUUCAGAUACCAACGGUUCUGGAUCUGGUCCUGAGGACGAUCUUGUAUCUCUGAAGUCAAACAUCACUGAAGGUACAUCGUGGGAGGAAAAUUGGCUAUUCAGAAAACGACAGCUGAAAACUACGGAAUCUGCGAUAGCAAUGUUAGUGCCAUCACCUACCGAGGAUGUAAAAGCUUUGAUUGGUGAUCAGAUAGUGGAUGACGUUAGUGAUCUCUCUGAGGCUGAUGGUGAAGAUUAUGAUUCUGAUAUCAAUAAUAAUGAGAGUGGCGAUACAAACGUGACCCAAACAACCCUGGACGACGCAAUUCAAGAUAGUUUAAUAUCGAUAAACUCAAUACCUUCGAAUGAACCAACACUUUCUGAAGCAAAAAACAGCCUUCUGUUGACGGAAACGUUGCUUGGCUCAGCAUCUCCUGAUGGACUUCUAACUGAUUUGAUCAGUAUUGAACAAAAUUCAGAUAAUGUUGAAGCCGCCAAUGCAACACUUCUUGGUGAAGAAAUAAAUGAUACAAAAAACGCUAAACCAGAUGCGGUGGAAACUGAUGAUGUUAAAUUGAUGCAAGAACGUAUUCACAAUGCUCCGAAGCAACGAGAUAACGAUGGUAACGUGAUGUAUCCUAUUGGUGUGGCACGAGCAAUCAACACAGAUAACCAAACCACAGAAUAUGGCAGAAAAGAAGUGCCAAUAGAAGUGCCAUUAGAACACACUUACAACGACCACACAUUCAAAUAUACUAACAACGAAUAUAUCCGCAACUUAGAACUACCUAUAGUCAUAGAUAAAACUAAUAAUAAUCAACAAAUUAGUGCACCCGUAGAAAUUUUAAAUAUUAUGCCAAACACCUAUCCCGAGAGCACAACCCCGGCUAGCAUAAAACUAAACAGCGAAACUAUUAUUCCUCCAAAUUCUCUGAACCUUACGCAACCGCUUUCACCCCACCCGAUAGCAAUGACGAUUACGGAAAUAUUUGAGCAAUCCAUGAAACCACAUCUAACAUCAAUUUCAGAGGAAGAACAGGAUUUCGAUGCCUCAACAAUAGUUUGUUCUACGCAGUCCAAUUCAGCGAAUGAACAUAAAUUAAACAAAAGUGACAUAAAUGAGCCACCUCAAAAUAACUCAGAAUCAAAACAUCAUACACCCCCAACAACUCCAGAGUUGUUUGUAGAACAAGGCACAAUAGAUACUUCGAAGCAAGGGCAAAGUAGUUCUUCUACAGAGCUAACAGAAAUAACUGACCCAACAGAAAAACUCCACAUAACAAAAGAUCAAAAUUUGAUUGAUUCAAACCAAGGGCAUAAAAAGAUGGAAACUAAUCAAGAUAUUCUGACUGCAUCAGAGCAAAUUAUAUUGCGAACUGAAGUAAAGCAAGAGCACAUAGAUGCAGACUUCAAAACAGCUGACAUAAAUGUUAGGCCAAAUUCCUCCAAGAUACUUCAAGAAAAUACGCAGUUCGGGAAAACUGACGUAAAGUUGUCUAUUAAUAAUCAACCACCUUUAAUCAAUAUCGUAGAAGAAAGUCAAAUCAUAUUUGAUGAUACCAUGACGAUCCAACCAGAUGAUCUGCAUCAUACAAGACAAAAUAUGGCUUUAAAGAAAGAGCAUCUCAGUACUUCAAAUGAAAUGGAAUCAUUAAAUAAAACUUCUACAGUUGACGGUACUGCUGGGUCACAAUCAAUAGAACAAAGUGUUGAGCCUGUUGAUAAAACAAUUUUGCAACAGAAACCCAUCAAGCUGGACGCUACGCAAGAGAUCUCAACCCAACCAAACGAAGCAGAAGUAUCAAUUGAUCACACUCUCAAGACAGCAUUCUAUACUGAUAACACUACCGACAUAAAAAAUGACAAACCAGUUUCAAAAAGUAAGAAUGAAACAAAAUCGUCUAUCAACACGGUUUCACCAGAAAGCAAAACAGAUGAAAUUGUUGUUAUCGAUAAAGAUAAUGGAAAAAGUCUUGAUUCAAAUAAUUUUAAUAUUAUUCUUGAACAAGAAAUAAACAAUGAAACAUUGCCAGCAGACCAUAUAAAACAAGAAAAUACAGAAGUCACAGUAAUGAUGGACGACGGUUCAGAUGAUCUUAAAACGGCCGCUACGGCUGAACCAAACUGUUUGCACGACGAGUUGCAGGAGUGUUACAAAGGGUUGUCUCCUGCUGGGGAUAGUUUCAACUAUGCCUUCUUUAAUACAAUAGACGACAUUGAAGAUACAACUGAGCCAUCUAGUCCAGAAGACACUUCCACAGAGGCUAUUGCCGGUUCAAUCGACAGAGUAUCUAGUCCUGAAGAGCAAGAUUUAAAGAAGGACAUUCAUCUCUCGAAUGAGUUGUUGGUCGCAAAUGCACUUCAACAUACUGGAACCGAUUACAAAAGCAAUUCUAUUUAUGAGAUAGAUGAUGUUCUUUUAAACUUAGGCUCGGAGGCAUCUUCUGUACAAUCCACUCCAAUCGCUAUGGUGACACAGCAGAUGAGGCAGUAUUGUGAAGAGCUGAAAGGCAUUCUUCAUCCAACCAAAACGCCAGAUUCAUCAGAACACGAAUCAGAUCCUAUGCUUGAAAUUUCGGAAAACAUUGAUGCUCUUGAGUUCUUUCAGGACGAAUUAUGUACAGUAAAUGAACAAUUAGAGGCAUGCGAAUUUAAAACACCAACAGAACCAAAAAGCAAGCCCUUUCCAGAAGAAAAAAUGGAAAUAAAAACUGAGAUCAGCAAUCAUAGUAUAUGUAAUAUCGAUUACGUAGAGGAGGAACAUUUUCUUGCGGAAGACGUUGGAAACUUGGCAAUUGAAAAUUUGGAACAUACUUCAGUAUGUGAUGUGAUAAUGGUGAGCCCGAGCGUUGGCGAACAUGCUGUUAAAAAUGCGAUUUCUUUAGAAUACACAGCAUGUGUAGAACCAUGUGCCACACUAACUACCGAUAAGAAAACGCGUCCUAACAAAGAAGACUCCUGUGAAAAUCCUACUAAAGAAUCAGAAGACCCUAAUUAUGACGAACUUCCUCCGCCUCCAUUGGAACUUAUCGAGCAAAUAGAGGGUGAAAAGAAUUCUAAACCACUUUCAGUUGAUACACAGCACUUACUAACAAUUUCUACACAAGAGGAUUACAACUUGCCUAACAACAGCACCACUAAUCUAGCUUCAAAAACUAAUGACAAGUCUGAUCUACAAAAACUUGGUGCCUCAGAAAAUGAAUUAAUUUCUCUAGAAACUGACCCAUCAGACCUAUCACAAAUUUUAGAACCACUUCCGUCGCCCAUCCAAGAGAAUGAUACCGAUAGUACCAACAAUGACAACAUUCAAUCGAUCGAUGAAAAUCUCAUCCCAGGAUCCAUUGCGGAGCGUGACAUUUUGAAAUGGCGCAACGCUUCACCGAUUCCUAACAAUCCUUACUCUCCAGAUAUUUUGCAGAAAAGGUUAUCAGAAUCUAAUCGUAGCUCUAAUCUGCUAGAUUUCGAUCGUUUAACUAACAAGGAUAAGGAUGUGCCAAUUGAAAAUCAACCGAUUUUAAGUGAAGACGAUAAAACUGAUGUGCAGGAUCAAUCUUUACUAUCGGAACGUGGAGGCAAUCAAAUCCAUAAUGAACGUUAUGGUCGAGAUUAUUACAUCAACGAUGCAAAACGUGCAACGGGAUCUCGUAAGUUGGGUACCGAAAACCAAACUAAGAUAUCGCACAGUACGGAUGAUGAGAAAUCUCUUCUAUUAUCACAAAAACAGCCUAAUGCUUCACAAAGAACUAGUCCAGUAGUAAGUCCUAGCCAUACAAGUAAAACAAGUCUGCAAACCGGUGUGUUUCCGUUUGUCAAAUCAAGCAGCUGUGGAAAUGUAAUACCCACAAACAAAACUGAAGACAUAUUCUCAGCUGGCCGUCCAGUACAAGUAGCUCCUACGGAUCCCAUAUUGCAAAAAGGAACAAAAUUGGAAUAUUUAAGCACUCCUGCGCACGAAGUUUACCUUAUUCCGGCAAGUGAGCCAAUUACUCCACACUCAUUGGAAUCAUUGUCGGAGCAAAGCAUCCAGUCAAGAGCCGAUGAAAGCUUAACGAUGAGCGAGGAUUCAGAUAUCACAAGAAUCUAUGAAAUUGGCACCGGCGAGACUAAGCUUAUUCAAGGUGAUGCCAUACAGGGUGUAGUAGUACCAACUGAAACCCCUCCUCCAACUCCAGACAAACAUUUAUCUGGACACGUUGAAGUUAACUCAAAUGAUAACCAUAAUGUCAACACAGCUUACUCGGAAUGUGCCGUUGUUUCGGAAGAAAUAUUGGAAAUACUUCCUCAAACAGGUUUGCUUUCAUCAGUAGCUGAUCAACAGGAUAUCAAAUCGCCAAGCCCUACCAUUGAUCGAAGCCAUUUAUUGAAACCACGCUACGUGCAGAUCAAACAACUAUCACCAGAUACUAUUAAAUUUUUCUCUCCCAAAAAACCAUUUACUGGUUCAACGAGCAACCUCUCCACGUCAGCUGCCUUAUCAAAGUCCUCCUCUGAAAUUCGGGAACAUCCUGUUCAUACAUCCAACCAAAUGCAUUCAUCGUUACAUAUAGAUUUUCCAGCGAAUCGUAACGUUCCUGCACAUGAGUUCAUAAUUGAGAAAGAAGUCAUGGACGUACUGCCAUCAGUAAAAGAACUUGCAAAAUGUUACAGUGGUAAUAACCAAGGAACCAACACAACAUUGAAACCAAUUAUGAAACCAACGGAUUUCAUUCGACAAUCUUCUGAUAUGCUUCAUGAUGACCAAGAAUCACGAAGUGGGAUGCCUCAGGUUGCCAACAAAAACCGCCGGAUGUACAGCAGUACCAAUAGCAUUAUUGCAGCAGAAGAAAUCCGUGAAAUCCGUCGCUUAAAUCUGGAAGCGUACAAUCGGCCAACAUUUGUUCCGAUGGCACCUGGCCAUAGCAUAACAGCUCGUAGCUUAUCGAAACAGAUUCGUGAGGAACUUAAAACUAAUGCAACUGAUGACUUCAAAGUACAAGGUGGCCAUAUAAGCCCAGAACGACCAAGCAGCCCCGUGUUUGCUCCGGGUCAUUUGCGAAACAGCAUUCAAUUUUUCGAAAAUUUAAAAGAUAAAUAGGAAAAAAUAAUCAGUGAAUUCAAACAACAAAUAAAAUAGUGCCAUCAUUUUGUACAUUCAUAAGAAGAUUGUACGACAAUAAAAAACAGUCACAUUGGUUGCUUAACUUGAUUUUAAAUCAGAUUUUUCGGUUAAUAAUCCUUUGCAAUUACUAGCAAAUCUUAAUUGGGUUUGUGUUCUCUGUAAUAAAACAUUAAAAUCCUGAAAAAA